AUGGAGACCGACCUGUCCCUCGACUACACCCCGGAGCGCCGCGCGGAGCUCGAAGAGAAUGUCGCCGAGGUUCUGGCGGAGAUCAAGGCUGCCUCGCAGGAUAUUACGCCCUUCAAGCCUGCUCGCUUAGUGCCCAUAUCAAAGAUCAAGCCGGCGAGUGAUAUCAAGGCGUUGUACGAUGCGGGACAUCGGCACUUUGGCGAGAACUACAUUCAAGAGCUAGCGGACAAGGCACCUGUGCUGCCAAAUGAUAUCAAGUGGCACUUUGUCGGCGCACUUCAGUCCAACAAAGCAAAACUUGCAGCUUCCAUCCCCAACCUGCACCUCCUCGAGACCCUCUCCAGUAUCAAAGUCGCCGACCUCCUCCAAAAGAACCUUUCCGCCGAACAAACCCUCAACGUGUACAUCCAAGUAAACACCUCUGGCGAAGAUGCCAAGUCCGGUCUCCCACCCCUCACUUCCUCUUCGUCUCCCUCGGACCCUUUACCCGAACUCGCACUUCACGUCAUUCGGAACUGUGACCGCCUGCACCUGCUCGGGUUGAUGACCAUCGGAAGCUGGGAUCAUAGCCACGAGGACAUGUCAAAGCCCAACCCUGACUUUUCGUGCUUGACAGAGACGCGCGACCAGCUCGCGCGGAUAUUGAAGGACGAGGGACACGAGUCUAAGGAUGAGCUGGAGCUGAGUAUGGGCAUGAGCGCGGAUUACGCCAAGGCGAUCAAGGAGGGAAGCAGUAGUGUACGGGUGGGCACCAAGAUCUUUGGGGAGAGGCCAAAGAAGCAGUAA